AACUCGUCAUGUGAAUUUGAUUCCCCUUUCUUCGCAUCUAGUGGGCGACCACAUUAAAUUCAUCCAGAGUGGAAUAUAAAAAUUUCAGAGCUUAAAAAUUGUAUUGGCAAUAGUCUCUAGAAAUAUUUAUACAACAGCGUGAAGAUGCCCGAGAAACCAGCAGCGAAGUCCCCUCCGAAGACCCUGACCAGCAUCAAGGGGACCAGGCCUUCCACAGCCUCAUCCAAUCCCACCUCCAACAGGAACAGACCCACAGGAACCGGAGUGGUCCGACCUCCAUUGCCCAAUACACAUGAUAGGAUUUGGAAGAUCAUGAAGAUGUAAUGCCAUGAAACAAAAUUACUUUUAAUGGGUCUCCAAACGGAGUCCACACUUUUAAAUCAAGACAUCCUUUUUUAUUACAAAAUGCAUUUGAUUGAACGAAAUCUUGAGCUACGAUAGUGCUGAAUAAAGCGAGAAAGUCCCAUA